UUAUUUUGGUGUCACUGUCUGUUGAUAUUCUGGCAUUUCAGGGUCAUUGCCUGUUGAAAACAGGUCAUUUCUUGUUAAUUUUUGGGCUUGCCAGUGUAGAUUUUUGCAGAUGUGGUUGGAAAUGAGUAGAAGUGAAUGGAAGUCAUUGAAAUGAAUAGCGAGUAGGAUCAAUGGGAACUUUUGGUGAUUAGAAAUGAAUUUAUCACAAAUUUUGGCUGACGUUUCUGGCAAAAAAUGUAUAUAACCUUUGUGUCAGUUUCCUGAAAUUUAAGAUACAUUUGAAACUUUACUUUAUUAAAAUGAAAGGAAAACGCGUUUUUUGGGCGAACAGGAAGAGACGGAGAUAAAACGUCUGUAGCCUAACUACGGUAGGUGCGACGAGAUUCACGAGGAACCGUGAAUGCAACACAGCGCCCCCUCCUCCUAUGGUAGCGAGCUAGCGAUGAACAGCUGUCUGGCUAUCACUGCUUCUUAGCGGCGGAGUGUGGACUGGAGCCGGGAGUAUGGGCCUCCACUGACUGAUUGGACCACUCGGUACCCAGCCAGGUUUGCGUCGACCCAUAGCUCGCCCGACAAGCGUCGCCUAUGGAGCUUUAUUUACUUAAUUGUUUGCGGUAGCUAGCGUCGCUACUUAGCCCGGAGAUGCCUCGGGACUGUAGGGCACUUAGCUGACCCCCCACCAAGCCAAAAAUUGAUUUACAGCCGCCCCAAAGCAGACAGCAAUGCGGGAGACUUGGCGGCCCGGCGGUAUCGGAUUACCGGACGUGUUGGUGGUACGACAGCUCCCAGCCCGGCAGCGUCGAGCAUCAUGAGCGACUGCUGCGGCAGAAGCGGAACGGUGCGUCCGCCUGAUGAUGUCGAAAGCGGGGAUGGCGACGACGAGUGUUUUGUGCCGCUUUCCCCGGUAUUGCUCGACCCUUCCGGGGUUCCCGCCCUCGAAUGCCGCGCUACAGGGACGGGUGUUGGGGAGGAUUUAACUCCACUUCGGGGUAUGAAACAGCAGGUCGUCGUUAAAACCAUUGGGCAAGUGAUGCGGGUCAAGUGGGAGGCAAAUGGCAACUACUCGAGCGACGUUCAGGGCCAGGCGGAUGGAGGACGACAACUCGUCAAGAAGAGGAGGCCGGUGACUGUGGACACAUCCAAAGCCAAAACAUCUCUGGAGGGACUGAAGAUCAGCAUAAAACAGCUCAAGUGGAAAGAGAUUCCCACAGGAAGACGAGCACCGUGUGACAUCUACUGGCACGGCGGUUCCUUCCACGACAAUGAGAACAUCACGUCCGGCCAGGUUAACAAAUUCCCAGGAAUGCUGGAAAUGUCGCGGAAGAUAAACCUGAGCCGGGCGGUGCGCAUUAUGCAGGAGCUGUUCCCCGUAGAGUACGACUUCUACCCGCGCUCGUGGAUCCUGCCCGAUGAGUACCAACAGUUCUCCGCGCAGAUUCGCACGGUGAAGGAGUGCGACGGUGCACUCAGCCCAACGUUCAUCGUCAAGCCUGACGGCGGUUGUCAGGGCGAAGGCAUCUACCUCAUCCGCGACCCCGCUGAGCUGAGACCAGCGCCGGCGGGCGCACAGACCCGACAGGUGGUAGUGCAGGAGUACGUCCGCAAGCCGCUGCUGAUCGACAAGCUCAAGUUCGACAUCCGCCUCUACGUGCUUCUCAAGUCGCUGGAGCCGCUGGAGAUUUACAUUGCCAAGGAAGGCUUGACGCGUUUCUGUACCGAACCCUACGAGGAACCGAGCCAGAAGAACCUGAGCCACGUCUUUAUGCACCUGACCAACUACUCGCUCAAUGUGCACAGCGAAAACUUCGUGCACUCAGAAAGCCAGAGCACUGGAAGCAAGCGCACGCUCUCCAGCGUCUUGCGGCGGCUGGCCGACAAGGGCGCGGACGUCAAGAGGGUUUGGUCGGACAUCAUCGCCCUGGUCAUCAAGACAGUCGUCGCCGUGGUGCCUCAACUCAAAGUUUACUACCAGGCUGACAUCCCGCCUGGGAAACCCGGACCCUCCUGCUUCCAGAUCUUGGGUUUUGAUAUCCUCUUGAUGAAGAAUCUGAAGCCCGUUCUUCUGGAGGUCAACGCCAACCCCAGCAUGCGCAUCGAACACGAGCAGGAGGUGUCGCCUGGCGUGUACGAGUGCGUUCCCAGCCCAGUGGACGAGGAGGUGAAAGUGGCUGUGAUCAGGGACACGCUGCGUCUGGUGGACCCCAGACUCAAGAGAGCGCCUUUUUCCCAGCGGAAGUUGUCGGGCACAGAAGACUCCCCGGGCGACCCUCCGCUCACGAAUCACCCUGACGCCAUGCCCUCGCCAUGCCUCAAGCAGGUGUACCCCAAGUACAGCCGGCAGUUCAACUACCUUCGGCUGGUAGAGCGCAUCGCCGCCCUCUUUGUCCGUUUUCUCGGUGUCAAAGGGAACAUGCGUCUCGGGCCCACCGCCUUCAGAACAUUCAUUAGGAACUGCAAGCUGAGUAGCAGCAACUUCACCAUGGCAUCCGUGGACAUCCUCUAUAUUGACAUCACGCGGCGCUGGUCCGGAGCCUUGCCUGACUCGCGGGAAGCGGGCAUGGGCUUGCAGGCCUUCGUAGAGGCAUUCUUCUACCUGGCAGCGCGCAGGUUCAAGUCCCAGACGGCACGCGAGCAAGCCGUGUCCCUCCUGGAUGCGUGCGAGGCGCAGCUGGAGACACCGCCGCAGGCCCCCGAGGAGCGCCGCUCGCUCAGCUGCGGUCGGGCACCUUCCCGCGGGGUGGCGCUCAAGCCGGGGAUCCGCUUCCGGCACCCACCGCCGCGACGGGCCUCGAGCCGGGAAGGCCGCGGCUCCGAAACUCGGUCGCGAGACGCCGACGACUGACUUGGCCCGCCUUCACUUUUGCCUGGCGACUGCAUGCACACGGGGUGGGCAAACACGAGGUUGGAGAUCCGGCCCACACAGGACUGACUUUGCCGACGGUAUUUGAUGAAAGUCGCAAAAUUGUUGGGAACAAUACCGUAUAUACCCGCGUAUAGGUCGCAGUUUUUUUUUUUUUUUUUUAAACCAAAAUUUUCACCCAAAAAUGUCCUCGCUCUAAUCAUUCCCUUUUUAGAUAUGUCUUAAAAAUGGAAAAGUUUACCAUUUAGCAUUAGCUAUGCUAACUAAAAUGACAAUUUACACUCAAAAUAAUCUACAAAUGUCUAAUCCAGAAAAUCUCGUACAACAACAAAAAUUUGCACUGUUCUUUAGACUAACGGUACACAUUGUACAGCCAUCUUGGAUUUCACAGUAAACAAUGUCGCCUGCUCCUUUCAGAACUUUAAAUUUGAGGGCUUCCAUACAUUAUGAUGAGAAACUAGAAACUCAAUAUAUUUAUUGCAUUGUUUGUUUAGUGUACUUAUAAUUUAUUACUAUGUGUGUAGGUUUUUACUAAAGAUACAGAUGAAAAUAUAGUCCUUAAUUUAUAAAUUUUCCAAGUUUUACUUGUUUCAGUCAUAACUGUAUCGGAAAUCGGCUCAAAUUGUCUAAAAAUCUCUCAUAUUUUGGUGUGACCUAUACAAGGGUCAAACAAAAAUAACCUUUUUAAACACAAACUUGGGGAUUUGAACCUAUGCGCCAGUGUAUACUGUACAUAGCUAACACUUUUGUUGUUUUCAAUUACUUAAUUCAUUGAAAUUACAUCAAUUCAGUGAAUGAAAAUGAAUCAGAAUUUUUUAAAUGUUUUCGUAUUUUAUAUGUAGAAUACUUCUGUAUAUAUAUGUUUUUUUACCUUUAGAAAAUACACCGUAUGGUAUAUUCAACAAUGUUAUUCAUUAAAUAAAUGACCAUUAACUUGGAGGCCGAGAGUUUGCCCACCCCUGUGCUCAUUAUCAACAACCUCUUGAUUUUGCACAAAGACUCAUUUGCACACGAAUGCAUGCAAUUUACGAAUUAAAACCUACAAGGUAGAUCAGAUUGAACUGUACAUUUUGUUUUUUUCUUUGAAUGGCAAAAUGAUUGAAUCAACUGAGGCAGCUGUUGGACACGUUUGACAUGGAUGCUAAAUGUAUGUACUAGUAGCUGUGUGAGAAAAUAAAAACUAACUUGUGUAGCUUCA